CACUUCUUCGUCUUCGUCUUCGUCUUCGUCCUCAUAAUAUUCACACUAAUUUUGUAUAUGUGUAUGUGGUUAUAUAAAUAAACUUGUUUUAACGUGUAAUAACAUAAAUUAUAAUAACCAAAAAAAAAAAAAAGUAAUUAACAUCCGAAAUUAAAAUAUUAUGGGGCGGCGGCGGUUGGAUAAUUUGCUGCGCACACUGGCAUUGAUUCUGCCCAUCAUCAUCAUCUCCGCCGUAAAUCCCGCAUCCGCCCAGAAUCCCGGCCACCCCAUAGCAAAGCCGACUUGCGCCGACAGUUGCGGCGGCGUAGCCAUCCCGUACCCAUUCGGCACGACGGAGAACUGCUACCAACACAAAAGUUUCCACGUCAUCUGCAACACAACCCUCCGCCCCCCCAAAUUGUUCCUCGGAGAAAGCCAAAUUCAGAUCACAAACAUAACCCUAGACGGCCAAAUCAAGGUCCUCCAGUUCAUCGCGCACGACUGCUACGACCGGAGCGGCACCGGAGUUUUCAGUAACCGCCCGUACAUAGAACUCCCCAUACACCUCACGGUCAACAACAACGUCAACAAGUUCACCGUCGUCGGCUGCGAUUCGUACGGCUACGUCUCCGGCAACCGCCUGAACCGGAAGUACACCACCGGCUGCAUCGCCAAGUGCGAGUCCCUCGAAGAUCUGGAGGAAGGCUCCUGCACGGGCUCCGGCUGCUGCCAGACUUCGAUACCGGAGGAUGUGUGGAGGGUAGUUAUGGAAUUGGGGAGUUUCGGGAACUACAUAAACGUCUCCGAUUUCAACAACUGCGGCCACGCUUUCCUCGUCGAGGAAUCCGCUUUCAAAUUCUCACGUGACAGCCUCACAAACCUAAGAAACUUCGAGAAGCUUCCUCUUGUGGUCGACUGGGCCAUCGGAAACGGCACGUGCGAGGAGGCGCUGACCAACAAAACCAGCUAUGCUUGCGUAAGCCCUAAUUCUGCAUGCUACAAACCUGAAGAUGGCUAUGGGUACAGGUGUCGCUGCCUCGACGGUUAUGAUGGAAACCCUUAUCUUACCAGUGGCUGUGUUGGUAAGCAUGGUUUUUAUCAAUUUUUUAAUUGUUGUUUAAUAAUUAAUGCAGAUAUAAAUGAAUGUGAAGACGCAAGUGUAAGCAAGUGCAAACAUGGCUGUGAGAAUACAGAAGGCAGUUUUUACUGCCUUUGCCAGAAAGGGUACCAUAAAGAUGGAGAUGAUUGCCAUCGUGGCGAAUCGCUUACGAUAAAACUUGUUGCAGGUAGUGCACUAGGUGUGAUAAUUCUAAUGUUGGCUGCUUGUUUGCUGUACUUGGAGCUCAAAAGAAGGAAAUCCAACAGAAGAAAGGAAGAGCACUUUCUUCAAAAUGGCGGUUUCAUGUUACUCGAAAAACUAGCUACACGAGAACGAUCGCAAGACAUGGUGAAGAUCUUCACUUCAGCCGAGCUGCAAAAGGCAACGAACGACUUCAGUAAGGACAUGAUCAUCGGCCAAGGUGGCUUCGGCACUGUGUACAAGGGUUUACUAUCAGACAACAAUACAGUGGCUAUAAAAAGGUCGAAAAGAGUCGAUCCAGACCAAACCGAGCAAUUCAUAAACGAGGUACUUAUUCUUUCUCAAGUCAACCACAGGAAUGUGGUCAGGCUACUAGGUUGUUGCUUCGAAACCGAAGUACCCCUUCUUGUUUACGAAUUCGUAGACAAUGGCACACUUUCUUCACACCUGCACAAUCGAGAAAAGGCAUGUUAUCUUAAUUGGGAGACUCGUUUAAGAAUAGCUGCAGAAACUGCCGGUGUGCUUUCGUACCUACACUCUUCGGCUUCUACACCGAUCAUACAUAGAGAUGUGAAAUCAGACAAUAUUCUCUUAGAUCACACUUUCACAGCUAAAGUGGCUGAUUUUGGAGCUUCGAGAUUGGUUCCCAUAGAUCACGCUCAGCUUUCUACUAUGGUGCAAGGAACUUUCGGUUAUCUUGAUCCUGAAUAUAUGCAAACAAAUCAGUUGACCGAGAAAAGCGAUGUUUAUAGUUUCGGAGUUGUACUAUUGGAGCUACUAACCGGUAGGGGGGCGAUAUGCUUUGACAAACCGGAGGAGGAGAAGAAUUUAUCCUACUUUUUUCUUUCGAUGCUGAAGCAAGAUCGAAUAAUAGAAGUCGUUGAUGAUAGUAUUAUGGGAGACGAGAAAAGUAGGGAGCAAAUAACGGAAGUUGCGAAGCUUGCGAAAGGGUGCUUGUAUGUGAGAGGUGAAGAUAGGCCUAGUAUGACGGAGGUGGCUAUGGAGUUGGAAGGUUUGAGGCUCGGCGGAAAGCACGCGUGGGCCCGGAAAGGAGAAGAUGGAGAAGAGACGGAAUCUUUGCUUCGUGAGCGAUUGAAUGAAUUUGUUGUCAAUGGCGGUGGUGAUGGUAAUUACACUACUGUUGGAUAUGAUAGCAUUCGAGAUCAGAUGGUUGUGCCAACAUUGGGUGGUGGGAGAUAGAAAAUAUUUUGGUGUGUAAAGGCAGUUAUAUAUAUAUAUAUAUAUAUAUAU